UCCUGGAUUUUGAUUCUGCUUGGAAAAAAACAGCCAUGUCUCGCCAAUCUGUCUGCAGGAGCUUUGGAGUCGGGGGGAGAAAGGGAUUUAGCUCCUGCUCUGCUGUCGGUGGUGGAUUUGGAGGCAGUGGCAGCCGGAGCAAGAUCAGCUACAGCUCAUACUCCUCAUCCCGGGGAGGAGGUGGAGGAGGACACUGCGGGGGGUUCAGCAGCCGGAGCCUCCAUAGUAUGGGGGGCAACAGAAGGAUUGCCAUGGGAGGAUGUUAUGGUGGUGGUGGAUACGGUGGCAGGAUGGGUGGCUUUGGUGGAGGAAUGAGCUGUGGAGGUAUGGGUGGUGGUGGAAUGGGUGGUGGUGGAAUGGGAAUGGGUGGCUUUGGUGGUGGAAUAUGUGGUGGAAUGGGUGGUGGGGCAGGAAUGGGUGGCUUUGGUGGUGGAAUGGGCAGUGGGGGAAUGGGUGGAAUGGGUGGCUUUGGUGGUCCAGGCAUCCAACCAGUGCAAGUUGACCCCAACCUCCUGCGUCCGGUCCAUGUUGAGAUUGACCCCCAGAUCCAGCAAGUCAAAAACCAGGAAAAGGAGCAGAUCAAAACCCUGAACAACCAGUUUGCCUCCUUCAUCGACAAGGUCCGAUUCCUGGAGCAGCAGAACAAGGUGCUCUCCACCAAGUGGGAGCUGCUUCAGCAGCAAGGACCAUCAGGGCCGAGGAAGAAUCUGGAUGUGAUAUUUGAGAAUUACAUCCAGAACCUGCGGAGGCAGCUGGAAUCAAUUGUGGCGCAGCGGGCCCAGCUGGAGUCAGAGCUGCAGAACAUGCGGCAGUAUGUGGAGGAGUUCAAAACCAAGUAUGAGGAGGAGAUCAACCGUCGCACGGCUGCUGAGAAUGAGUUUGUGGUGCUGAAGAAGGACGUGGACUGUGCCUACAUGACCAAAGUUGAGCUGGAAGCCAAGGUGGGAGCUUUGACAGACGAAAUCAACUUCCUGAGGUGCAUCUACGAGGAGGAGCUGUCUCAGAUGCAGACAAUCAGCCGGGACCUGUCCGUGGUGGUGUCCAUGGACAACAACCGGCAUCUGGACCUGGAGAGCAUCAUCGAGGAAGUCCGGCGUCAGUACGAGCAGAUAGCCCAGAGCAGCCGGGCUGAGGCCGAGGCCUGGUACCAGAGCCGGUACGAAGAGCUCCAGAACACUGCUGGAAAGCAUGGCGACAGCCUCCGCAACACCAAGAUGGAGAUCCAGGAGUUGUCCAGGAAUGUCCAGAGGCUGCGGGCUGAGAUUGAGAAUGUGAAGAAGCAGAACCAGCAGCUGCAGGCAGCCAUUGCUGAGGCUGAGGAGAGGGGGGAGAUGGCCAUCAAAGAUGCCAGGAGGAAGCUGGAAGAGCUGGAAUGUGCCCUUAACAAGGACAAGGAGGAGCUGGCUCGCCUCCUGAAGGAGUACCAGGAGCUGCUGAACACCAAAAUUGCACUGGAUGUUGAGAUUGCCAUGUACAGGAAGCUGCUGGAGGGGGAGGAGAACAGACUGGGUAAUGGAAACAUAACCUGUGCUUCUCUUCCAGCUGUGGUGGGGAGGACGACUGUCUCUGGAGGCAGAGGAGGCAUGGGAGGAGGAUUCGGAGGCAGCGGCAUGGGAGGAGGAUUUGGAGGCGGCAGCUGUGGAAUGGGAGGAGGAUUUGGAGGCGGCAGCAGCAUGGGAGGAGGAAUGGGAGGAGGCGGCAUCUGCGGAGGAGGCAGCAGCUUUGGAGGAGGCAGCAUGGGUGGCAGCUGUGGGAUGGGGGGAGGAAUGUAUGGUGGGGGCUUCUCCUCUGGAAGCGGAAGGAUGUGUGGCUCUGGUGGGGCAUCCUCCUCCGUGCGGAGAUGCGUCACUACCACCUCGGUGAAAUCUUCGGGAGUGAGAUUCUGAGCCCCGAAGACUGACAAGGAAAGAAGCACCUCCUCUCUCCUCCUGACAGCAGCCCAGCCUCCUGAAGCCCAGCUCCGUUGUCCUGCAACGGGAUGAACUGUGUCCCUUCCACCCAGCUCAUCCCAGCUCCUGGUCCCACCCGGGGGUUUGGUGGUGAUGCCGUGGGUGUCCUGGCACCAGGAGCUGCCUGGCAGGAGGGGCUGCUCUGCCUUCCUUGCUGUGUUGUACAUUUCUUGUGGCAAAUGUGUAUAAAACUCCUCUUCCCCCCUCUUCCCUCCUCUUCUGUGUCCCCGCCUCCCUUCCUCUAUGUGUGCGCGUCAUGCCCUCCCCUGGGAUGUUGCCAUUCCCAAUAAA